AAGUCACUGAAUUACUCUCUACUCUCUCGCCUGUUAUUUGCAGUCAUGACUUUUUCUUUCACUUCCCCUGUGUUCAUUCUUCCCUCCUAAUCUUUUGAUUCUUUCACCACUUUCCCAAACAGCAAAACCCUAGAUUCUCUAUUUCGCUUAAUUCUCUAGUUCUACACCCAAAAGGCAGAAGAUACUCAAAAUUUCCCAAAGUUUAUUUUUAUUUUUUCUAUCAAUCACAUCGCCGUCGCAGUUCUCUGAUUACCUUAUUUCUUCAACUGUUUCUGCCGUUUUCCCUUUUCAUAAACCUCAAUUCUUUCACGUGGGUCUGUGGAAAAUUGGCAUCUUUAGUCACGAAUGGUGUGCAGUUACAGCAACAAUGUCAGAUGACAUGCUCAUUCAUUUCUCGUCCAACUCUUCAAACCAAUCUGAUCAUUCUCUGCCUACAAAGAUUGCAAAGUUGGAAGCUCGUAUGGUUGGUAAGGGUUCCUCAACCUCUUCUCAGCAACCAGGUUGGUCCUCUGUGUCUGUUCCUUCAGCUGGGAAAUUUGGUCGAGCUGUUGAAAAUUCGGCUGAAGCAUCCACUUCAAGUGAUUCUGAUGAUGAUAAUGGUGGGGCAUUCUUGAUACAAGCCAACACAUCGAAGCGACAAAAAGUUCAAGAAGAUGGCAACACUAGUGUUUUUGAAAGCGUUGAGGUUGUUACUGAUGGAAAGCAAACUAGUUUGGAUGCCGUGGAGACAAAAAUGCACAUUGAAAUGAAUAGAAAGAAACAUGGUCGUGGAAGAGGGAGUUCUGGUUCGGGUAGAGGCCGGGGUUCCAGAGUUAAUGAUCAGACCAAAACACUAAUUUCUUCUCCAACUGCUUUGGCUUCAAAUGGUCAGAUCGACAAUGUAUACCAUAAAGGUGGCAAACCCAGUUAUCAGUUUCAUAGUGAUAAUUGUGUUUCAUUAGAGGAUGAGGUUGCAUCUUUGCAAGCUAAAGUUGUUGCUCUGGAGGAGGAAUUGCGGAAAUCAAAGCAAGAAGCAGUUGAUUAUCAGAAUCUUACUCAACAAUUAGAAAAGGAACUGAAGGAGAUGACUGAUCAUGAACAACAAAUGAAGCCUAAGAGAAUGAAAGUAAUAUCUGACUUGUUGAUAUCCGUAUCAAAGGCCGAAAGACAAGAAGCAAGGCUGAAAGUACGGCAAGAUUCAUUGAGACUUGGAAAUGUUGGUGUAAUCAGAGCUGGAACUGUCAUAUCUGAGACCUGGGAAGAUGGUCAAGCUUUAAAGGAUCUGAAUGCCCAGCUUAAACAACUAGUAGAAACAAAGGAGGCAAUAGAACGACAGCGCAAAUUGUUUAAGAAAAAGCAAUCUGAUAAGGGUGAUGGUACUGAUGCAGAGGCUGCAUUGCCAGAAGAUAUUCUAAUUCACGAUGAAAUUUACAAAUGUCGAUUAGCUAGCCUUAAAAGAGAAGAGGAAAUUGUUUUACGAGAGAGGGAUCGGUAUGAAAUAGAGAAGGGGAGGUUAAUUCGUGAGAUGAAACGCAUACGGGAUGAAGAUGGUUCACGGUUUAACAACUUUCAGAUUCUAAAUCAUCGUUAUGCCCUUCUUAACCUUCUUGGGAAGGGAGGAUUCAGCGAGGUGUACAAGGCUUUCGAUUUGGUGGACCAUAGAUAUGUUGCUUGCAAACUUCAUGGUUUAAAUGCUCAAUGGAGUGAAGAGAAGAAGCAGAGCUACAUACGACAUGCAAUUCGAGAGUAUAAUAUUCACAAGACUCUUGUACAUCGUCACAUUGUUCGUUUGUGGGACAUCUUUGAGAUUGAUCAAAACACAUUCUGCACCGUUCUAGAGUAUUGCAGUGGGAAGGAUCUUGAUGCUGUUCUUAAAGCAACGCCUAUAUUAUCUGAGAGGGAGGCUAAGGUCAUCAUAGUUCAGAUUUUUCAAGGUCUUGUUUACAUGAAUAAAAGAACACAGAAGAUUAUCCAUUAUGAUUUGAAGCCUGGAAAUGUUCUUUUUGAUGAACUUGGUGUUGCCAAAGUUACUGAUUUUGGUCUUAGUAAGAUAGUGGAGGAUGAUGUUGGAUCCCAAGGUAUGGAACUUACAUCCCAGGGAGCUGGAACAUAUUGGUACUUGCCUCCUGAAUGCUUUGAGCUCAGCAAGACACCUCUUAUAUCAUCAAAGGUUGAUGUCUGGUCUGCUGGUAUUUUGUAUUAUCAAAUGCUUUUUGGCCGACGACCUUUCGGGCAUCAUCAAACUCAAGAGAGAAUACUUCGUGAGGACACAAUUAUUAAGGCUCGAAAGGUUGACUUUCCUUCUAAACCUACCAUUUCUAACGAGGCAAAGGAUUUUAUCCGACGGUGUCUAACAUAUAACCAGGCUGAGAGACCAGAUGUGUUGACCAUUGCUCAAGACCCAUAUCUCACUUUCUCAAAGAAGUAAAUGGCAUUCAUUAUUCAGACUCCACAAAGUAAGGUUGGAAGAUCUCAUCUUAUAAUGUCAGUUACUGGUUCUGUUAAAUUUUGUAUAGGUUGUAAAGAUUUUGUAACCUUAUCAACGAGGCAGAGAAGGGGUUUUCCCCAGUCUGAAAGAAAGUUGUAUUGUUUUCAUACAUCAUAUUUUGGUUUAAGAUAUGGGGGGAGCAAAUGGAUGUGUAUUUGUUUUUGACCUUCAAAAGGGUCAGGAAGUAUACAGGAAAGUGAUAAAAGCUUUUUUUAUUUUUUUGACA